UAUGGCGAUGCUCUCGAGAAUAGCGAUCAGGGGUACCGAUAUCAACGAACUUCCCAAUUCGCUCACCGUCUCGCCGAAGUUGUACGUCCGAUUGUUGUAACAUAUGGAGAACGGCGGUAACCCGAAGGGCGGAAGACCCUCGGCGAUCGUCCCGAUUGUAUUAUUGUACGAACAUCGCGUGCUGAAUAAACUUGAACUUCUAAUGAACUAUAGUCCAGCUGAUGAUGACGGAUGACGUGUGCUGGACGAAACGGAAAAGGAAAAUGAAAAAAGGAGAAGAUAAGCGACGAGAAAAACGAACUUCGAAGAAGAAAAGAUUCAAGUAUUUACGGAAAAAAAAAAAAAAAAAACAGAGUCGAAGCCGAACGAUUCGUUUGAGGAUAUGAUGAAUGGAUACUCACUCGUAACCAACACCUGAAGUGAACCGCAGUCACUGGAAUUUUCUCUUUCCGAUGAUGACAUUCUCUCACUAGGUAGAAAUGUUUCACGUUCGCAUGCGCAUCCAACAAGGCGCCGUGGCUUAGUUGGUUAAAGCGCCUGUCUAGUAAACAGGAGAUCGGGGGUUCGAAUCCCCCCGGGGCCUGAUCGUAUCGGAUGUUCGGAAUUUCAAUUAAUCAAUUAAUCUACGUGAAGAUAUUCUUCUUGUAUACACACAAUCGAUGAACACGCAUCAGGUUUACGGACAAAAGUUUGGUCGCGUUACAUCACAUGAUCGGAACUGAGAGGAUUUUCGAGCGUGUUGCAAAUUUUAAUCACACCGGCGAUGGAUAAUUCGAGCCGAUGAUUUCGAUCGGCGCGAGUUCGAUUAUAAAUUUUCGUUAUUUCCCUUUGUAAUCUUACGUGUUUUUGUAUUUUUUUUUGUAUUUUUUCUUUUUUUACUUCAUUCGUCGCUCCGCGUAACAACGAAUUUAUCAAUUUGCUCCUCCAUUCGUUUGAAAUUAUACGAUUAUUUUUUUUUUGUAAAUCGCCAAUCGCUCGCCGACAUGACAAAGUACAACUUGAACGAGGAAGAAGCAUCCGCGGCAGUGGCCGCCGGGGAUCGUCAAAUCAACAAGGACGUUAGAUUGACCGGUUUUAAACCGACGGAUAAUAUCGUUGGAGGAAUUUUUGACGAGCCUCGAACGACGUUCGAUAUGUCAAACAGACUUGGGGGGAUCAACGUCGAAACGGAAACGAACAAAGUCACUAUUUCCGAAAUAUCUGCACCGCCAAACGAUCCGGAACGAGGACUCGACUGUUCUUCCGGUCCAAAAUGGGUUUUGCGAAGAGCGAGGAGGUCGUGCACAAAAAAAAUACUCUACAGAAGGAUACCGGUUUUCGAUUGGCUUCCGAGAUACAACAAAGAAUUUGCCAUUUCCGAUUUAGUCGCCGGUAUCACCGUCGGUCUUACGGUGAUACCGCAAGCGAUUGCGUACGCCAGCGUCGCCGGCCUCCCUACACAGUACGGUCUUUAUUCCUCGUUCAUGGCGUGUUUCGUCUACACGAUAUUGGGACCGUCCAAGGACGUUCCGGUCGGCCCGACCGCCAUAGCGGCGAUCCUGACCAAAGAAACGCUGCAAAGAUCAAAUUUGGGAGCCGAAUUCGCGGUCGCUCUGACCUUCGUGUCCGGCUGCGUCACCUUGAUGAUGGGACUAUUGCAGUUGGGAUUUUUAAUAGAUUUUAUCUCCGGUCCCGUUUCGGUCGGAUUUACGUCAGCGGCGGCAAUAAUCAUAGCUACUUCGCAAGUCAAGGAUAUUCUGGGACUGAAUUUUAACGCUUUGAAAUUCCUGGAUUCUUGGAAAGCCAUUUUCGAACACAUCGGCGAGACCAGACUGUGGGACGCUGUACUCGGAGUCACCUGUAUGGCCGUCCUCCUCGUUCUCAGGAAACUCAAGGACAUACGGGUGACCUCCAAAGACGCCAAAGAACCGACGCCCGUCCAGAAGGUCGUUAUAAAUUGCCUCUGGUUUAUGUCAACGGCGCGAAAUAUAUUCGUCGUAAUAAUUUGCGGCGUCGGUUGUUACCUGUUGGAACAUCAUUUGGGCAGUUCCCCCGUAGUAUUGUCGGGGUACGUGAAGCCGGGACUACCGAAAUUUCAACCUCCGCCCGUCAACGCCGUCGUAGGCAACGAAACGUACAAUUUCGGCGAGAUGGUUUCCGCUCUGGGAUCCGGAUGUUUCGUUGUACCGUUAAUCAGUCUUCUGGAAACGAUCGCCAUCUCGAAAGUAUUUUCGGACGGAAAACCCAUAGAUGCAACGCAGGAGAUGCUGGCUUUGGGCGCGUGCAACAUCCUCUCAUCCUUCGUGUCUUCAAUUCCGGUUAGCGGAGGUCUCAGUCGAGGUGCGGUGAACAACGCGUCCGGUGUAAAAACUACCAUGGGUGGCGUAUACACCGGUCUAAUGGUGCUCAUUUCUCUGCAAUUUUUCACGCCUUAUUUCACCUAUAUACCAAAAGCUGCUUUGGCGGCGGUAAUAAUAGCCGCGGUCGUCUUCAUGGUCGAAUUUCACGUCAUCAAACCGAUGUGGCGAACCAAGAAAAUGGACCUCAUACCCGCCAUCACGACUUUCCUUUGCUGUUUAUUCAUCAGAUUGGAAUUGGGCAUCGUUAUCGGGAUCGGUGUCAAUCUUCUGUUCCUUCUCUACGCCUCUGCCAGACCGACUCUGCACGUUCACAAAGCUGUGAGCACCAGCGGAUACGAGUACCUCGUAAUCACCCCCGACAGAAGCCUCGUCUUUCCUAGCGUUGAAUAUGUAAGAGCUGUUAUCAGCAAACAGGGAUUACGACAAGGAAAUGCCGUUCCUGUUGUCAUUGACUCAACGCACAUACAAGCAGCUGACUUUACCGCUGCCAAGGGUAUCAAAAGCCUAGUCGAGGACUUUGCUGGACGUGGACAACCGCUAUUGUUCCACAACUUGAAACCGAGCAUAGUUGAAAUAUUCCGUGGCGUUAGACCCUCGGAACUUAAAUGUAGCGCGAGUGAAACUGAACUAAACGAUUACCUCAAAGAAUAUUCCAAUCCGUCCACAACUUCCCCUGCAAGACACUGAAACGGAGGAACCCGAUAUUACGGCUUUGGCGAGAUGCCAAGUUCAGUAUCAGUAUUAAUAUAGUUACCAACUUAUUGUAAUAACGCUAUACAUAUGAGUAGAUGUAUGAAAGAAAAUGAGAAAAACAAUCCAGAGGUACAACCGCAGGGAGAAUCAAUCUUGCUACUAUUUUUACGGCAAAAAUAUAUAUUUAUUUUGAUUUUGAGCGUAUCACAUCGAGAGACUAAUAAAAUAGAACACAAGAUUAA